AUGAGCAGCGAAUUCUUCCAGGAACGGUGCAUGAUUUACUGCCAGAACUUGUGUCUUUUGGCUAAGUUAUUUUUGGACCACAAGACGUUAUAUUAUGAUGUAGAACCGUUCUUGUUUUAUGUGAUGACAGAAGCUGAUAACACAGGGUGUCACCUUGUUGGCUAUUUCUCCAAGGAGAAGAAUUCAUUCCUCAACUAUAAUGUGUCAUGCAUUUUAACAAUGCCUCAGUAUAUGAGGCAAGGCUUUGGGAAAAUGCUAAUUGACUUCAGCUAUUUGCUGUCCAAAGUAGAAGAAAAAGUCGGUUCCCCAGAACGUCCCCUGUCUGACCUGGGGCUUAUCAGCUACCGCAGCUAUUGGAAGGAAGUUCUACUACGGUAUUUGCACAACUUUCAGGGCAAGGAAAUCUCUAUCAAAGAAAUCAGUCAAGAAACUGCAGUUAAUCCUGUGGACAUUGUCAGCACCCUUCAGGCAUUACAGAUGCUGAAAUACUGGAAAGGAAAACAUUUGGUUUUAAAACGACAGGACCUAAUAGAUGAGUGGCUGGCCAAAGAAGCAAAACGAACGAAUGGAAACAAAACCAUAGACUCCAGCUGUUUGAAAUGGACACCACCGAAAGGAACUUAGCUCCUUAAUGUUUCUGUCUCAUCAAAGGCACCACCUUGUAACAGCUUGUGUACACAAAAGAGAAGAUCCCAUAGUGAAUCUUUAGCCUUACAUCAUAUUCCUUACCACUGUUUGUCCUGCAGAGGGCAUAGUAAAGCAUACUACCCCAGCAAGUAUAGUAUUGUGCUUUUAUUCCAUUUGUUAUUUGUGGUAGAAUUUCCAACAAAGCAGCUUGACACAUGCUCUUAGGAGAGACAAUUGGGCUUGAAACUUAUAGUUGUACAACCUGGAAUAUAACCUUUCACAUCUUAACAAUUAUGUUUCCACAAUUUUUUUUUGCUUUAAGUAUGGUAGACUUUUAUUUUCCUUAAUGUUCUUAAAAAAUGCUGAUAAGCAAGAGAUUUUUCUACGUCAGAGAUGAACAAGUAUGGAGGCAGAAACCCAUUUUGGAUUCUUGAGAGAAUUUGCUUGUUCAGUCAUGUUAAUUUUUUAAAAGACUAUUUAGAUAGGGAUGUCCCUGACUCACUUUCUGUCCUAAAUGUUGUAUGCUUUGCAGUCCUUGCUGUUGCAGCCCUUAAGCAGUUUUCAAACAUAAUGGCUUUGAAGAAUGUGUACCCUUUAUAAAUGGUUGCAAAUCAGCAGGGGACAUUGAAGCUGCAUCUCUUUCAACUCUUCACCUUUUCAGUAUUCAACUCUUUUGUCAGCCUGAUAAGCUACUCGUUACAUCAGUAUGACAAAGACCUUGAACUUGCAUAUUGUAAAUUCCAUUUAAAUUUAUAUAAAGACUACCUGAAGAAGAAUUGUUAAAUACCGUUUAUUUUUCAUGAGAUGGAUGGUACAAUGUAAGGUUUUAUUCAUUGAGAUGAAUAUGAGGAGUAUUUCCUGACUUCCCCGAAAGUUAUCCUGCUGUGUCACAAUAGUAAAAAGCUUACAAAAGCUUAAUGUUGUGUUUGAAGCUCUAAAGGUUAUUCAAAUGUUUUGUGAAGUGAUGCGAUAACCAAUAUGACAUCAGAGUAGUUAUACCGUAAGAGAUAUUUAAUGGGAGGUAAUGAAAUAUAAAUACUUGACCAUUGUAAAUAAAACAAACUGAGAUUAAUACAGUAUACUAUUGUCAUGAUUUUAUUCAAUGAAACCUCCUGUGUAUAAUAUAUAAUCCCCUCCACAAUUCCUUGAUUCAGGAUGAAUAUUAUACACAAACCUAAACUGCCCUAAAGCAAACGAACUUUCCGAAGUAAAAAUGAAUAUCUGGUGGGGGGGCUGCUGGGAGGUGGGGAGGAAAUGGGUGGAAGAAGCAUGUUAUGUAGAGGGGAGCUUUAUAAUAGCAAAUCUAUGAUACAGACAAAACAGAUUUUGCAAAUGAAGGUGCUGAGUCAUUCUGAGAUUUCUAUAAAACUGGCCCAUUUUACUUUUCUAAAGUCAUAAACUUGAGAGUUGAGCUGUUUGAUAUUAUAGUACGCACAGUUGUCAUGUGGUGUCUUAACACUCUUUAUGUCACUGGCAGCUAAACUUAGCACUAAACAAAAGUUGUAAAUGGAGUCUUGUUUGGUCUAAGUAAAGGGGUAUCUGUUUUACCCUUCACAAUUAAACCGGGGUACACACUUUGUCAGGCUGACAUUGCUGUGCCAAAGUUAGAAUUGAUGAACAUUGCUUAGUUGCUUGUUGUACCAAAUGUGAUGUAAUGCCUUCUGUACCUGCUUAUGAAUAAAGCAUGUUGUACAGUG